CUGUGAGACCGUAGUUUCACCCCCUCCUCCCCCCCAUCUUCCUCCUCCUCCCCCCAUCUUCCUCCUCCUCCUCCUCCUUCUCCGGCUGCUGCUUAACUUCUUGUCGACGCGCCUCUUGUGUUCAGUUUGUGUCGGACCGGAUAGACCGCAGCGAACAUGGCUUUCUUUCACACCUUUCUCCCGCUGUUUCUCCACAUCUGCCUGCUGAACCGGAGCGUGUGGAGCAAAGUGGAGCUGACUAUGAAUGACACACUGGAGGUGUAUGCGGGUGACUCGGCUAAGAUUCCCUGCCAUUACAACUUCACCGACACUAACAAGCCCAGCUUUGUCAUGAUCCAGUGGUUUGUGAGAUCUGCAGGAAACAGCUCACGGAUGCGGAUAUUCUACAGCGACGUCACUCAGCAGAUAGUUGACAACAACACAGACUACACCGGUCGCAUUGAGGUGGCUCGAGACCAGAAUGGGACACUACUCAUUAUCCAGAAUGUCCAACUCACUGAUGAGAGGGAAUUUUUCUGUCAGGUUAACGGGCUGGCUGCUGGCCAUGCUGAACGCAAAACCCACCUCAGAGUGUUUGCUCCUCCAGAGGCUCCUGUCAUCGAGGGUGUUGUUGCUGGAAUAUCUAUAACCAGUGACAAGCCGUCUAAGGUGGCGUCAUGUGAGGCUCGAAAUGGCUUCCCUAAACCCAACAUCACCUGGUACAGGAAUGGCGUGCCGCUGACCACAACACCAGGAAAUGUAAACGUGCUGAUCCUGGUGACCCGGGAGUCCAGUGGGUUGUACUCUGUCCAGAGCACGCUGGAGUACAAAGUGGUGAAGAAAGACAAGGACGCCUAUUUCUCCUGUGAGAUCAGCUUUUCUGUCCCGGGGGCCAUCAGGACUAUGGAGUCCCACAGCAUCAACAUCACUGUUCACUACCCCACCACCAUGGUGGAGCUGUGGAAGGAGUCGCCCCAGGGCUUGGUCAGAGAGGGGGAUACUGUGGAGCUACGUUGCCAGGGCGAUGGCAAUCCCCCGCCACCAUUUAUUUUCAACAGAGAACAAGACUUGGAUGCGUACCUGGAGAGCAGGGGUAAUGUGCUGAUCCUGACCCCGGUGACCCGUAGAGACAGCGGCCUCUACCAGUGUCGGGCUCUGGAAGGCGACAGCCACAGCGAGGUCAAAGGAGAGGUGCAGCUCACCGUGCAUUACUUGGACACUGCAGUCGUGGUGCCUAAAGACUUGGAGGUUAUGCUGAAAGGAGAAGAUCUGACUGCGACCUGCAACGCUCUGUCCUCCCUGCAAACAUCCACUGUCUGGUACAAGGAUGGGAAGCAGGUGGGCCACGGGAACACGUUGCACCUGCAGGAUGCCACCUAUGAAACAAGUGGAGAGUACAUAUGUGAGGUGACAGUCCCGUCUUUGCCUGCCCUGCACACCUUUGGCUCCGUUCACAUCAUCGUCCAAGGUGGUCCCCAGAUGGUGGGCGUGGAGCAGGAGGUGCAGCUGGAGGAGGCCACAGGUCGGAUGGUGAACUUGAGCUGUGAGGCUCUGGGACAUCCACUGCCCAACAUCUCCUGGAACAUCAUCGGCAGCCAGAACUGGCAGGAAGUGGUGAGCAAAGCGAACGGUCACAUGACUCACAGCGUGGUGUCUGUUAAAGUUACAUCGGACAUCAGCGCACUGUGCAACGCCUCCAACGACAUGGGCACCGACGUCAAGGCUUUCAGCAUCAAAGCCAUUCCCAGGGUCACCACAGGCACAUCCAUCUAUCCUGCUGAGGGCAGUGGGGUGAUCAUAGUGGUGAUCAUACUGUGUCUGCUGCUGCUGGCCACCCUCGGCAGUGUCCUCUACUUCCUGCAUAAGAAGGGAAAGAUCCUCUGCGGGCGCUCCGGCAAACAGGAGAUCACCAAAGAGAAGACCACCAAAGAUGACAUUGUUGUGGAGAUGAAGACCAACACAAAGAAUGAGGAAGCAGUUCUCCUGAAGGCCGUCAAUGGAGAGAAUAAGGCUCCUAAUGAGCAGGUAACUGAUGUGUAAACGGCCCAGCAGUGACGGCGUGGAGUGGACGGCAGGUCACAUGACACCAGCAGGAGGCCAGAGACGCCCCCCACCCCCACCCCCCAACAAUCAUGCUUUGAUCUCAGCAGUAUUGAUUAGAUUUACCAGGAACACACACUUUAGCAGGUGUGUAUUUUCUUUUGGAUGAAUGUUUGCCUCCAUGUUCAUUUUUCAGCCGUUGUUCAUUACGAUGGUGACGUCAUGCCUCUUUCUGUUAUGAAAGUGUACAUAUUAUAUAUAUUUUGCUAUUUAAGAGUCAGAUUUUCAUUUCCUGGCAACGUCUGGCAGCCUUGGGGCUCGUGUUGAUCUGUGUUCAUGAGUCCAGAGUAGGUCUCGGCCGGGACGUCGCUGCUGAUGGUGUUUGUGAGAAUUUCAUGUUUAAAUUGACAGAAGAAGAAGAAGAAAACACCUCUUCCUCCAGAAUCAGUGUGUUGUUCAGGUGUUUUGAUGACUGAACGGUUAUUUUCUCUCUGAAACGAGACACGGCUGUCAGGCCGGAGAUCUGCUGUGCCUGGUUUGGUUUUUAUACACUGAAUCUGUUUCCUUUGUUGGCCACUGAGAGCCUGAAGAGCCUCCCAGACUGUUUGCAUGUUUCAUAUGUUGGAGGAUUUUAGAUUUCUUUCCAUGUUUUAUAAAAGUAAAACCAGACAUGAUGACCACUGUGAUUUUUUUUAUUUCAAACAUCACCUAAAUAGACAGGAGCAUCUUUAACGGCUUCCAGGUCCUGGAUGAUUUUUCCACACCAAAAUCAAAACAAACUAACAUGCUAACAUAUUGGCUAAAAAAUCUUAUGUGGUAUGCCCGGGGGAUGCUCGUGUUCCAGCCCUGCAUUGGAUCAAACCUGCAGAGAGAACAUGCUAAACUUCUGCUGGGCUCCUUCACGGCUCAGCGUUGAGAAUAUUUUAUUGUAAGAAGUUCUGUUCCUCAGAGCCCUGAAGACUUGCAACGUUAAACUAGUGAUGUUAUUACUUCCUGUUUGUUCGUGUUUUCCUGCUGAGUGUCCGUGUGCAGGACAUCCUCAGGCAAGAGAUGCCCUGGUGUAUGAUGUGAUGCUGUUAUGGUCCAGAAAAGCUGCAGGAAGCCAUAACGAAGGUUUCUGAUUGGACGUUUCUUCAGCUGCAGGAAAACUGAAUCCAUUUUUCUAAAUGUGUGUAAAUUAAGUUUGUUUGUGUGAUUCUUGCUUGCUUGUUUUUUUAUUUUUCAUUUUGCAAAAAAAUGACGCCAAAUAAAAGUUUCCUUUAAACUGA